AUGCAGCACGGCUCCUCUCAGUGCUUGGAAGGGGCAGGGGCCACCUGUGUGCCAUCAAGUCUCCAGCGCGGCCCCGCCGACUUCCCCGCGCCGGGAGGGAAGGGCGCGUCCCCGCCUGCCGACCCUAGACCGGCUCCCGCCGGAGGUGUGGCAGCGGCCGGUCUUCGUCUUCCGCCCCCCCAAGAGCCGCUCACCGCUUGCUUGCCUGCCUGCCUGCCUGCCCGGCGCUUCCGCCUGUUGAUCUCGCCGACCGCCGGCCUGAUCCUCUUACAGGCUGCGGGGCCGCGGGACAGUCCUCGGCGGGCAAGGCGCGCCCGGCUCUGCGCGCCUGGCCAGCCUCUCCAAGGUUGGGAAAGUUCCUUUUACGCACCAAGCCCUCGCCGGGCCUCUGAACUUGGCGGCUCCUGGGGUCCCCGAUCCAAGCUCCGGCGUUCCACCCCCGUCCUCCCCACCCGUUGGCACCGGAGCCCGCGGGGCUGCGCGCACGGGCUGCCCGGUUCGGGGGCGCGAGCGCUCGGGGAGAUGGAGAACAUGAAGCCGCCCCUGCGAGGCGCCAGCUACAACGGCUACGCUCUGGCGGAGAAGAAGCCGUUGCCUCCGCCGCCGGCGCCCAGCCGCCCCGGGGAGCCCUCCCGGUGCGCGAAGGCCGGCGCCAGCGGGCACCCCUUGGAGAACUGGAAAGAGGAGCGCACCCGCAGCGAGGAGGACAACGAGAUGAACUUGCCCGGCUUGGCCGCCGCCUACACCACCAUCCUGCGCGCCCUGGGCGAGGACCCCCAGCGCCAGGGGCUGCUCAAGACGCCCUGGCGCGCCGCCACCGCCAUGCAGUUCUUCACCAAAGGCUACCAGGAGACCAUCACAGAUGUACUAAAUGACGCCAUAUUUGAUGAAGACCACGAUGAGAUGGUGAUUGUGAAGGACAUAGACAUGUUCUCAAUGUGCGAACAUCACCUGGUUCCAUUUGUCGGCAAGGUGCACAUCGGGUAUCUCCCUAACAAGCAAGUGCUAGGACUCAGCAAACUUGCAAGGAUUGUGGAAAUAUACAGCAGAAGAUUACAGGUUCAGGAACGUCUCACAAAACAAAUAGCAGUUGCCAUUACAGAAGCCUUGCAGCCUGCUGGUGUCGGUGUGGUUAUUGAAGCGACGCACAUGUGUAUGGUGAUGCGGGGAGUUCAGAAAAUGAACAGUAAAACUGUAACCAGCACGAUGCUUGGAGUGUUCCGGGAAGACCCAAAGACCCGUGAAGAGUUUUUGACGCUCAUCCGCAGCUAAAACUAUGCCAUCCUUCCCUGGACUCCUUGAACUGUUUUGUCUACCAUCGCUGUUGUCUCUCUCUCUCUCUCUCUCUGUCUCUCUCUCUCUCUCUCUCUGUCUCUCUCUUCUUGAAGUAGUAUCACUUUCUAUUCUCUGCUUAGUUGUUCUGUAAAAGGGUCUCUUUGGUAAGUCCAACAUGUACUUUUAUUUGCUCGAACAAGCGCCUCUUGUCAGAUAAGCCUAAUAAUCCCGGAAAUGUUUUCUCCCUCAAUGUUAUGUGGCCCUUUUUAAGGCAGGUUCUCACGCCGUGUGUGUUUGUGGGGGCUGAAUAGGCUUUUAUCCAUUGUAGUGCUAUGUGAGAUCAUUUGAAGUGCUUUAAAGAAAUGUUCCCACGGAGGGAGGGGGAGGGAGGGAGAGAAACCGCUUUGCCCAAAUGCCCACAAAAAUUCCUCUUCAGGAUAUGGAGAGAAAUACGGGGCUUGAGGGGUGGUGGGUACAUUCUCCAUUUCUCCAAGUCGGCCUCCGUAAGAAGGUGCUGCUGGUCCAAGAGAAGUCCAUCCCUUCUUAUGUCCCCUUUCUGUAAACACGUCCCUCAUAAUAAAGUGGAGGAAUUAUAGAAUCGUAGAAUAGUAGAAUUGGAAGGGGCCUAUAAGGCCAUCGAGUCCAACCCCCUGCUCAAUGCAGGAAUCCACCCUAAAGCAUCUCUGACAGAUGGUUGUCCAGCUGCCUCUUGAAGGCCCCUAGUGUGGGAGAGCCCACAACCUCCCUAGGUAACUGGUUCCAUUGUCGUACUGCUCUAACAGUCAGGAAGUUUUUCCUGAUGUCCAGCCGGAACCUGGCUUCCUUUAACUUGAGCCCGUUAUUCCGUGUCCUGCACUCUGGGAGGAUCGAGAAGAGAUCCUGUCCCUCCUCUGUGUGACAACCUUUCAAGUAUUUGCAAGUCAACAGGGCAAAAUAGUCCACGGAGCCCAACAGACGACACGCUAACCAACUUUUGUGUGACUAGUCAACUCUGCGGAGCGUUGUUUUUCUCCAUUGUUUAUUUUGGGAGAAUAGUCAGGCGUGGGGUGGGUUUUGCCUGAUAGACAACACAAGAACCAACGGUUGACUACUUAAACCAACGUUGGUUAUUGUGUUGUCCAAACACAGCCAGCGAGAUUUGCUUUAUUUGCAAAUGUUCAAGCAGAGCCUGUUGGAGGCAAACAGACGCUCCUUCAGCCUCCAGCAAACCCCAAUCGAGUAACGUGUACUCCACGGUAUGCUGAAGUGAAGUGAAGGAGAGGAAGAGAACCGCUGUAGAAUCCAGGCCUCUGCUUGUCCUUUCGUAUCUGGACAAAAUGCUUCCCUAGCAAACCUUGCAUCUGUUUCUCUCCUCCGGGUGGGCAGAGGUGAGGGGAGGCUUGGCCUGCACACCAUGGGGUGGGGCAAAGCCAUCAAAGCCACAAUGCCAGCCAGACUCCCUAGCUCAUCUUGGUUCCAAUUGGCUGUAUUAAGAGCGGAAGUUGUAGCAAUAGAACUCAGGUUUACCUGUACGUGGCUUUGGCCCGGCUCCAAAACAAGCCACGUUCUGUACCGGCUAAAGUAGAAUACCAUAACCUGAGACAAUUUGCAUAAUUUAUUCCGCUGGUCAUGGAAAGCAGCCCAUGCAGGGCGCUGCAAAUUCUGUUCCUGGACGUUCUGCUCAGCUCUUCUUCGGCUUCUGAGAUGCCGCCAGCCAUUUCUAGCUUUUCUUUGCUGCCUUAGCUGAGAUUCUUGUAGAACUGAUUCUGCAACCAGCUACCAUGCUGGGCCUUUCCACACAUCACAUGACCACAAACCCAGGUUUGCGACAGGGAUCUGCAGCCAAUCCUGGCUCUCCGGAGAGUUCACUUGUAUGAGCUCUGUGUGUGGUCUCAUUCACACGUUUCACUUUUAGUGCAUACUUAUUUUUUGUCUGUUUAACCCUAAAUGUUAAACCCUGCACAGAGUCGUCAAGUGACGGGAUACUGAGUGGUAUCCAUGUGUCUGUCCAUGCUAGAGUGCUAGUUUUUGCAACCAGACACUUUUUCGUGGACGCCAAAGUAGGUCACGCUUCCCCUCUGACACACCCUUUUCUCUUGUGUAACCGCAACGUCCUUGUGAGAUGCAGCUUUCUAAAGCCACUCUAAAUAGUUUCACUCCGAGCAGAGAACAUAUUAAGGGAAGUUUUAUAACCUCUUUAAUUAGAGGAAGAUGGCACGCUAAUUGGAACCAACUGUCAAGUAGAAUGGUGAGAACCAAGCCAGCGUCUGACACCCAAUUUUGCAAUACAGUGUCAAAUACAUCGUGUACCAGGGGUGUGGGUGUGUCUAUACACCUUAUUUACCCUGUGGUGGCUGCACAGUUGCGCUGCGUCGAUUAUACAAUGCAAUUGCCAAUUUGCAGCCACCGUGAGACCUUUCCCCCGAAGCUGCAGAUUUAAGAAGUCGGGGACUUGGCACGACUUCUUGCUUUGUUGCAAGGUCACCACCGUCUUCCUGCCAUCUGUCGGGGGUGACCUUGCUUUGGCUUCGGGCUGGGGGGCAGACGAGCCACCGAAUGGCCACCGGAAGGCCUGUGCUGCCUCCUGCCGUGGGGAUUAACUGUCCCCACUCCGCAGCUGCGGGGUUUUAAGGGAAUGCGGAGCCAAAGCAGCACUGUGAAGACACUCGCUUGGGUAGCUCAAAUCAUUAUAGAGCAUUAAACUUUUGUUCAUGUGUAGAACCUCCAGGCUGUGUUUAGAGGCAGCUGUUGGGGUGAGGACCCUUCAAAUGUGGCUUGCCGGCUUCCUAAAAGAGUAUUUUAGGCCAUCGUGGGACUCGGGAUGCCAGCCCCUUCCAACUAUAUUUCUAUGAUUGGUCUGAUCCAGCAUGGCUCUUCUUAAUUGUCUCCUGCAUCACUCACAGGACUUAACCCAGCCUUGCUGGCUGAGAAAUGCAGGGGUUGUAGCCCAACACAUCUGGAGGAUUCCAGGUUGUUGGAAUGCUGACUUUACAUAUGCAGAUCUGCACGGUUGUUAACGAGUUUUAUUUGCCCACCACCCCUGUAUCUUGCCCUUCCACCAAGGCACUCUGGAGGGAGCAUUUUGGGGGUUAUUAUCCCACUUCAACCCCAAGGAAAUUGGCUUAGGCGAACUUGCCAAAGACUAGCCAAUACACUUCAUGACUGAGUGGGAUUUGUACUCGGGUCUCCCUGUUUCAGAUCCAACCAUCCUCCCUGUAAUUCUUUUCACAGAUUGGACUCUGCAGUUUUAAAGCCUUAAAGUGCUUCAGCUGAAAUUUGGGGAGGUGAAUUAUGUCUUUAUUAGCAGGGGGAGGGAGAGAGAGAGAGAGAGAGAGAGAGAGAGAGAGAGAGAGAGAGAGAGAGAGAGAGAGAGAGAGAGGCCUCAGCUAGACCUACCUGGUCUAGCACGACGGAGGGCUGAAGAUCUCGCAAUAUUUUUAUCGCGUGAUCUCCCCCUCUGUUUACACGCAACGCGCAACGACCAUGGAGGGAGAGGACGUCGCGCCCGCCAUUUUCUUUUUAAAAACACACACAGAAGAAGCGCACGAGCGCUUGUGCGCUCAAAGAUAGCUCUGCGGCCCAUGCGCGGUUCCCAACUCCUCGCGAGUAACCGCGAGGAGCCAGGACAAACCGCGACACCCGGCCACACGUUCCGCGGCCUUGGGCUCAACCUGGGACCACGGAAAAACCAGGCUGCAAGGGUAGGGCAAAAUCCUGGGGAAAGCGAGGGAUCAGCCCUCCCUGCUCCCAGGGUGCCCUGUGCGUCAUGUGGAUGCGCAGGGAUGAUCCUGGGGCGAUCCCCGGGGAUAAGCCCUCGUCUAGCUAUGGCCAGAGAGAGAGAGAGAGAGAGAGAGAGAGAGAAAGAGAGAGAGAGAGAGAAGACGCAGCAGCAGGGGGACGACCACGAUUUUAUCUAGUUUUUCAGUUUUGCUGACAUGAAACAACUAUCUUCUGCCUAGCUCAAGGGCAGAGGCAGGAGCCGAGAUCUCAUGCUUCUGAUUCAAUAAAGUCACGGUAUCGUCUGCGAUGUGUUCCACCCUGCAGUGAUUCGGACAUACCUCUUUACCGUUACUUGUGUGCAACCUCUGGGCAACUUCUCAUGUGCAACUGCCAUGAGAAAGAUGCACAAAUGUUCAAGGGUCAGCGGGGCGGGGGGGGGGGGCGCGGAGGAGGUAGAAGGACCUUGUGCAACUCACAUUCAUUUCCAUGGAGCCGGAACACGGAGAAGUUCCAAGUGGCUUGGACCCUUUGUGGCCUUAGAACGUGUUGAGAUAUAUGGCUACUACUAUUAUUUAUGGUUUUUCUUUGGUGAACACGAUGUAACUUGUCACCUAAUGCCCUUUUCUUUGCCCUGUGUGUGUUUGUGUAUAUAUAGAUAUGUAAACCAUACACAGUCUGUCUAGUAAUCUGUUCUAUUUAAAGUAUUAAAAUACAGUAUUGGUCAUUUUUGGA